AAGAGAUCCUAAUGUUACCACAUUAAUGUCCUACGCGAGACGGAGCUGCUCCUGAAGCCCUGGCACCAGAAGGUUGGCGUGCUUGCUCUGAGUGUCUCCCAAGCGGUGGAUGGCUGCAGACGUACCAUGGGUACUCGCUGAUGCCUCUUGUGCUCCUCCAUCACUCACUGGGCUCUGGAUAGGCUUGUGCCCCAGGCUCUGCUCUGAGUGACUGAGACCUCUUUCUCCAGAUCAGAUUUCCCUAUUUAAUACCGUAAUGUAAAUGAGUAUUUGUAGAGGAGUGUGGGGUCUGUGGAUCAGCUAUGUCAUACAAAGCUCUGACCCAAAGCCCACCGUAGCCCAGCAGAAAACUAUCUCUGACGUUGCUUUAGUGUCCCCAGGAGUUAAAAAGACAAAUUACUGUAAGCAGUUCCACAUGUACUGUGGAACUGUAGUUUGUUAGUUUGAGUAUAAUGUCUUUCCACAAAACUGAAGAACAAAAAGCUACCUUGAAAAAAAUAGCCAUCGGGAAGCAGGGCAGCAAAAGCCAAGAAACUUGAGCCCUUUGCUAAUGAAUACUCUGUCCUUAACUCACAUUGUCUCUUUUGUUUCCCACACUUUCAUGAGCUGCACAUGGAUUCAAUUUGCCAGUCUUAACCCUUCUUGCUGAUGCCUGAUCUGUACAUAGUUUGGAAACUGGGACAGCUGUCACUUAGAAUUAUUUUGGAAGCGAGGAGAGUAUCAAGUGAUCUGUCCCACUGAAGAGGAGACUGAAGCCAUCUCUGAGUGGAAAUUUUGGACGUGCGGGAGGAAGGCUGUGUCCCCCCAUGUGCCAGAACUGCUCCUCCUUCCCAAGGAAGUCGAAGUGAAGGACGUAGGUCAAGGGCAGCUUUUACAUUCCACCCAAAAGGCACCACAGUUUGAGAUGAGGAAUUCAGAAGAACAAGCAGCUACGACAGUUUUACAACGCCUGCUGCAGGAGCAGCUCAGAUACGGAAACCCAAAUGACAACCGUAACCUUCUUGCCUUACACCAGCAAGCCACAGGAAAUGCCCCCCCUUUCAACAGCACUGGGAGUCCAGCAUCUCAGAACGAAGGGCUGAACUCCCAGGACCAUCAGCUCGUGACUCAUGCUGCCCGUCAGGAGCCCCAGGGCCAGGAAAUACAGGUGGACAACAGCAUCAUGGAGAAGCAGCUCUCCCCGCGACUCCAGAACAGCGAGGAUCUCCCGACCUAUGAGGAAGCCAAAGUGCAGUCACAGUAUUUCAGGGGCCAGCCGCAUGCUAGUGUCGGGGCAGCGUUUUAUGUAACGGGGGUGACCAACCAAAAAAUGAGGACUGAAGGGCGGCCCACAGUUCAGCGGGUGAGCCCAGGGAAGGUCCACCAGGAUGAAGGACUUAAGGACCUCAAGCAAGGACACGUCCGUUCCCUGAGCGAGAGGCUGAUGCAGCUGUCCUUGGCCACCAGUGGUGUCAAGGCGCACGCGCCCGUCACGAGCGCACCGCUCUCCCCUCUCUCUCCACUUUCUCCUCAGCAGUCGAGCGACCCUUAUAAAAAUUCUGGCUCCAGUGAGUUCUACAAGAACUCUGUGCAGCCACCUUCCCAGCCCAGCAUGAAAGGGAUGGAGCAGAGGGGUCCUCCUCCGGAGUAUCCUUACAAAAAUGUGUCCACCCCAUCUAUGAACUGCAAACCUCAGGACUCGGGGCAUUUCUAUAGUGAUCAUCGCGUGAGCCAGCAGGGAAGAUCCGAUGGGCCUAUGAUGAGGUAUCAACAUCCCCCUGAGUAUGGGUCAGUCAGGCAGAACCCAGAUGUACAGCUGCAGUUACAACAGAGACCACCUCACCAUCACAGUCCAACUUCUUCCUUGACAUCUUUGGGAUCUUUGACCUUGCUUCAGUCUCCACCACCAUCCAGGCUGUCCCCUUCCCAGCACCAGCAACCCCUGACUCCAAGCCAGGGAGAUCCUGGCAUUCUGCCACGGACCCAGCAGCCUUUCUUGUCAAACCAAGUCCAUCAGGGAGAUUUGUACCGACUAUGCCAGCCUUUCCUUGGCCCGCAGCAGCAGCAAGGCGAUUCCUAUUCAGUGAUGUCCCGGGCUCAGCAGAUACCUUCCCCAUAUCAGCAAAUGCAAGUAGAUCCUUUUGCCAUAGUUUCCAGGGCCCAGCAAAUGGUGGAAAUCCUGUCGGAAGAAAACCGGUCUCUACGACAGGAGCUGGAUGGGUGUUAUGAGAAGGUAGCCCGGCUGCAGAAGCUGGAAACAGAAAUUCAGCAAGUUUCAGAGGCAUACAAAAACCUGGAGAAAUCAUCCUCUAAGCGGGAUGCCCUGGAGAAGGCCAUGAGAAACAAGCUGGAAGGAGAAAUUCGUAGGCUUCAUGAUUUCAACAGGGAUCUGAGAGAACGCAUGGAGACAGCCAACAAGCAGCUUGCGGAGAAGGAAUUUGAGGGGUCUGAAGACAAUCGGAAAACCAUCUCUCAACUCUUUGCACAAAACAAAGAAACACAGCGGGAAAAGGAGAAACUGGAAAUAGAACUGGCUGCUGCACGCUCCACCAAUGAAGACCAGCGAAGACACAUUGAGAUCCGAGACCAGGCCUUGAACAAUGCUCAGGCCAAGGUGGUGAAACUGGAGGAGGAGCUCAAAAAGAAGCAGGUCUAUGUUGAGAAAGUGGAGAAGAUGCAACAGGCCUUGGUUCAGCUGCAGGCAGCGUGUGAGAAACGGGAACAGCUGGAGCAUAGGCUGCGGACCCGGCUGGAGCGAGAGCUGGAAUCUCUCCGGAUGCAGCAGCGUCAGGGUACAUCUCAGGCUGCCAACGUCUCUGAGUACAAUGCCACAGCGCUUAUGGAACUCCUGCGUGAGAAGGAAGAAAGGAUUCUUGCUCUGGAAGCUGACAUGACCAAGUGGGAACAGAAGUACCUGGAGGAGAGUGUGAUGAGACAGUUUGCUUUAGAUGCAGCUGCAACUGUGGCUGCUCAGAGGGAUACAACAGUGAUCAGCCACUCACCUAACCCUAGCUAUGACACCUCGCUGGAAGCUCGCAUUCAGAAGGAGGAAGAAGAGAUCCUGCUUGCCAACAGGAGGUGUCUGGACAUGGAGGGAAGGAUCAAGACUCUGCACGCUCAGAUCAUAGAGAAGGAUGCCAUGAUCAAAGUCCUGCAGCAGCGCUCCCGGAAGGAGCCUGGUAAGACAGACCAGCUCUCCUCCAUGAGGCCUGCCAAGUCACUGAUGUCAAUCUCAAAUGCUGGCUCGGGCUUGCUGUCCCACUCAUCCACUCUGAGCAGCACUCCCAUCCUGGAAGAGAAGAGGGAGGACAAGAGCUGGAAAGGCAGCCUAGGUGUUCUGCUGGGAACAGAGUAUCGUUCCGAAUCCAUUCCCUCCACGCCCUCUCCUGUCCUUCCUUCCACCCCGUUGCUGUCAGCCCACUCUAAAACAGGCAGCCGGGACUGCAGCACCCAGACUGACCGAGGCAACGAGCAAAGCAAAGCUGCACCUUCCCCUGGAGCCCCCACACCAGCACGGCUCCCCACUGCCAGCCUGCCCUAUAGUGCUGACAAAACAGAUGGGCCACUCUUCCACUCCAGUACUCUCGAAAGAAAAGCCCCUGUUCAAACCAUGGGGCAGGACCUCCCAGAUGGAGAGAUGGUAGAAUACCUCAUCUGAAAGCCCGUACCGGAUCUGAACUCGGAUUCAAUAGCAAGAAUUUUUUUAAAAGACAAUUUUAUUGGGAAAAAAUUGUAGUACCUGAGUAAUAAAAGAACACUCAGCUGUUUGCUCUUGUAUAUUAUGUCUCAAAAGUAUGGACAGGUUAAUUUAUAAUUUGUUCUAAAUUAUAAAAAAAAAAAAAAAAUCCACAGUGCUUGUUAUUUGAAAGUAUCCCCUUUAUUUGUUGAAUACUGGAUCUGGUAAUGCCUGGAUAAAAAUCAAUAACUUAGGUGCACUACAUCUUAUAUUUCAUAUCAGUAUUUUUAAAGUCGUCUCUUAAGCAGAAGUACCUACUCUCAUAGGUGUUGGUUGUUUGUCCAAUGUGAACACAGUAAGAGGGGCAGAUUGGGCUUGUAGUGAUGGAGCCAGGGUCUUAUUUGGAAGCAUCACUUGAUGGCUCCAGGAUGCAAGUAUUCUCAAGCUGAGGAGCUUUCAUAAAUAUGAGCUAUGAUCACAGGAGUUUAUCUUUUCACUCUGGGUAAGAAUAGGUAUUUGUCAUUCAUAACCUGGAAAGAUUUCCAUUUUCAGUAUGGUAACUUUUUUUUCCAGAUUGUAUUAUGUCUUUAAAAAAAAAACAACAACAACAACAACAAAAAGACUCCAGUGAUUAAUGUAACAUUUCACAUUUUCAGUUUGCAUCGAAAAAGUUGCCGUAGUCUUAUACGUAAGUACUUGUUCAAUAAUUUAUACAGUGGAUAGUAAGUAAUAUAUUGCAUUCAUGUUUUACAUAAAUGAAAAAAGGACAUUUUGCUGACUCAGUCCUGAUCUGUUAGAUCAGAUUUCUGCCAUUGUAAUUCCAUUGGAGUUAGUGGAGCUUCCCCCGGUUUACAGUAGUGCAAGUGGCAAGCCCUGUUGCUUUCCAGUGUUACAACUUAACCUACUGCAUCCUUAGCAGGUUUUUCUUUACUUCCCAUGCCCUCCUUUGUUCUGGGAGAGAGAAUAGAUUCUUUUUUACAUAGCAAAGCCUCCGAGGUAGAGGUUUAAACAAGAGCUGUGUGUAAAGUUUCAGAUGGCAAAUUCUGUCCUUCCAAAAUAUAUAUUCUUUAACUAACUGAAGAAAGCAGCUUAAAUAAAGACCAAGAGGCAUUACAGAAGGAAGUUACACAUUCUAAUUGUCAGGUUCUCAGAUCCUUGGGGACUAGCAAGAAUACAGCACUGCUUUGAUUGCAGAUGCUGUAAGGAAAUACUAAGACCAAUAGACGUAAAUGUUUAAGUAUUUUUCUUACUGUCUUUGCAUUUUAUUAAAACAGUUCAAUAUUAAUUUCUAUUAAAAUCUUUUUGUCUUUUUUUUUUUUUUUUUACUUGAAUGUUAAAAUGUUUAAUUAGCCAGUAGUCACAGGUCUGCAACCUGGCUAGCCUCAGCUUUCUGGACAUCAUUAGAGUAGCCAGAUUUUUAUUUCAGAUCAUUUCACUUCAGAAAAAAAGGAAAAUCAUCAAUUAAUCAUCCAACAGCUAGUGAAUGUCCUCAAUUCCUACGUAGCUGACACUACUGAUAAGGUGUCCAGUUGAAAUGGCCUUACCAUUCAACAGGUGUAAUGUGAAUGUUACCAUGGAGGGGUGUGAGCUGAAGGGAAGUGCCUUCUCCCUGCUGCACAGGUAACGUAGCAGUGCCUGACAGUCAGCCCUGAGUUGGUUUCUGUUUGUCCUCCCCAGUGACAGUCACUUGGAAAAGCAAGGCAAACAGUUCCUGUUGCUUCUAGCAAAUCUCCUGCUUGUUGGUAUUCCUCAGCCUGCCUAACCCCCAGAAGUCAGUUGGCAAAAUGCAUAUUAUGUACAAAAUUCAGGCGAAAGCUAAGUGACCUGGAAUUACCAGUGAUCUCUCUAGCAGGCUGCCCAGUCUCCCUUCCAUCUCUGCCACGUGACGUGCUUCAGAGCUGCACUUUAAGGCUUGGACUGCCUCUUCCUAAUGGGUCCACACUGCUCUGCAGCAUACAGUAGACCUUUCCUAAGGGUAUUCUAAUAAUCAGUUUGAUUUAAUUCUCCACCCCUUUCUAGACAAACUGCUUACAGCCUCUUUGCUCUCAUUCCUUAUGUUUAUUUCUCUUGACUUAAUUUCAUCCCAUUAUAUGAAGUAGUGCUCACUCUGAUGGUUUUGAGUGAUUUCUCUUCCUCCUCUGCAAUUGCUGGAAAUGCAGGAGAAGCUUUUCUUGUUAGGCCACUAUAUUCAUCUUUCUACCAUUUCAGCAUCAUUUUCUGUAUUAUAUUUUGUGGUUUGGGCUUAGACUGAGCAAUAAGGGAGAUGGGAUGCCACUGGGAUAUCUGUGAGAGAGGAGGGAAAAAGUGUUUUUUCUAUUCUUUUAAAGUCAGGAAAAGUGACAUUCCAUUUUUACAAGUGUUUCUUAGCAGUUAGAAAGAAGUUCUGCACCUGCAGGGCUCUGCACAAACAGUUCCAGCUCACUUGAUUCUCAUUGAUUCCACAGUGUCUAGGAACAUUCUGAUCAUUUAUUGAUACAAUGUGUUUUGUCAUUCUGCUUUUCCACAGUUGGUGUUGGCUGUUUGGCUGGGCUAGGUAAAAUAGUUUGUUUAUUCUCUGUCACUCACUGGUUUCAAACUGAACUCCACCACAUCCUAUUUUUACAAACAAAAAAUAGGAGAUAAGAGGAUAGAUUCUGCACAGUGGCUGUCUCCUCCGGACAGGGCAGCCAGGUGCUCUUUGACAGUCCAUGCCAUCAGGACUGCAGUGAUCUCAGUGGUUCUGUGCUAAUGGAAGCCAAUCUGGAAGCAAAUGAUGCGUUUUCACAUUCCUUCAGCUGAGUUCUUUGCCCUACUUUAUGGUUCUGAUUUCUCCCAAAAACAAAACCCCCAAAACGUUUGACAGGGAAGUUUGAGGUCAUCUUCCUGAGCUGACAAACACGGCCAUCAGGAAUGUAGUCCUCCCCUCGAGCUUCCUCAGAGCCACCCUCAUGUGAAUGUAAUAGCGCUGCUUUCUUUGAGGAAGAUGUGUACUAUAGUCCUCAGUCUCCCUGUACAGAUUUUUAUUUUGUUUUUAAACAGAAACCGCUUUAAGGAGACAAACUGCACACCUAGAUCCUUUUUCUUCAGUAGAGCUUGUUUCUAGUAGAAUGUGAUUUUUAACACAGUGAUUGCAAUGACUUUCUUUGCAAACCAAAAUUCUAGACUAAGAGUUUUUCUUAAACUCGGAUAUUAGAAGCAGAAUUGUAGCUUUUCUUAAAAAAAAAAAAAAAAAAAAAAAAAAAGCCACAUAUUCUUCUUUGUAGAGCAAAACAAGAAAAUCAAGUGUAGUUACUUUUCCUCUUUCCUUUCCCUACUUACAGAAUGGCCAAACUCACAAGUCCUUUCCUCGGGCAGUUCCUUUGAGAUGUGAUAUUCAGGGGGCAGGCUGGGGUUGGGAAGCUUUUCUUCCCAGCUGUCCCAGUCUCCUUGUUAACUCUGAGCAGCUCCUUUCUGGCAGCUCCUGGUCUACAGCUGUCAUUGUCUGAGGUCUGGGGGAUCCCUGGGGAUCCGAGCUGCUCCCCAGGAGGCUGCAGGGGGUGGCUGAGGUAAGCAAAGACUGGCAGGGAGCUGAAAUGCAGUGUGGCCUGUGCCUCUGCAGGCAAUCGGAAGAAUGUGAGGCCCUAGCAUUAGCUUUGCUUUGAUUUUGAGGCUGCCUGAGAGAAGGGAACUUGCGGGGCUUUAGGCCAGAAUAAUUUCCAAGGAUACCUCCUGCUCCGUGAUCCCGUGCUGAGUGUGCCGACCGCAUCCGCGAGUCAGGACAGAGCAUAGGAGCCACUGCUGGUACCCAUGUGGCAAAUCCUGGUAACUGUGGCCAAAGGAUGUGCUCUUCCAUUGCUUACAAAAUGGUGGCCACAUGGGGGAGUGAGGACAGCAAAGCUCCAGGGCGCUUGGGCAUCCCCUGCCUCUGGGGCUGGCGCGGCUCAGGCUGGGGUGGGGGCUGUGGGGUGGGCUUCUCUUCCAUGUAUUUGUAUAGGAACUGUUUUUUAAAAGCUAGCAUUCUUAUGUCUAGAAAGUAAAAAGACAUUGUAAAAUGUAAUUGUACUGUAUUUAUGAAGAAAAUACAUUUCUUUUCAAAAAGACUUUACCCUAAGUUUGUUUUAGAGUCUGACUUCCAACAACACCAUUUUGAGGCUUUCGGAAGCAUUGAAACCCAUCUGCUUUGCACUUUUGUGUCUAACUCUACUCUGAGGGCUGUGCUAGACUAUUGAGGUUUAAGGAAAAAACAACCGCCUUCCCUUCUAACUCAAGCAGAAUCCCUGUGUUACUCCAAAUUCUGAGGUGUUUGAAUACUUGCUUUUGCUCAGCAUGGUCUCUGCUCAGCAUCAGCAGUGGUGAUGCUUAGAUAACUGGGCACCAGUGGGAGCAGCGCGGUGUCUGAGCUUUGCCUCUGGAGAGAGCAGGGCCAGAGCUGCUGUUUGCACUCUGAGCUGCAGCAUGGCUUCUGCUGCCUGCAGAGCAGGACGGAUCCCCAGAGGGGUGUUGGUCAGGACUCUGCCCUGGGAUUCGAGUCUCCGGUCACAGAGUAGCAGCUCAGUGGGGGAAAUGGCUGAAAGCCCGUUUCCCUUUCAGCAGACCUGCGGUCUGAACGGCCAGAAACAAGUGAGCAGUGAACUGCUUUACUCCUGAGUCCAAACCAACAAAGCACAGAUCGAAAUUCUAGAAGUUCAACAUUUCACAACUUCAGAAAAUGCAUCGAGAGAAUGAUGUUUUUAAUAUAAAUUUAUAUUGAAGUGAGUUUUGUGGAUUAUUUUCCCUCUUUAUUUAAACCCAGCUUAUUUUGUAAUUUCUGACCGAGCUGUCUUGUAAUUCAACUGUUGAAACAGUCCUGAAGUCUUUGAAGAUAAUGGUAGCUCUAAUUCUAAGAAAGAAAAAUUAAGUUUAAAUAUAUAUAUAGAUACUUUAUAAGUGUCUGUCAUUAUGUUUGUAGCUAGCUAUAAAAGUAUUUUGUGUGUUUUUAA